GCCCAGUUCAACGAUCGAUACGCGGUUCCAUGGAAGCGCGGAAGGACGACCUUCGCCGCGCGAUGGAUAUCGCCUCCAUGAAGGCACCCCACCUCCCAUCGGAGAAUCACAUGAGAUCGGUCGAAUCAAUGUUCCGAACCAUCGACGAAAAGCUCGAGCUGAUCCUCGACGCACAGGAUGCACGCUUCCGAAUGCUGGACGACAAGUUUGAUCGGUUCAAUCGACGUAUGGACGCGCUCGAGAGAAACUCUACCGACAACAGCCCCCGAGGUCCCUCCCCAGUUGUGGAAGACGAAGGCUCACGCUCGUCCUACGAGACUCAGGCCGAGAUGCGCCGACGUCUAGGGUCCAUGGAAACCACUUCGUCGUUACGUCGCUUGACCACAUCCCCCGCGUCCGACGACUCGUCCAUGGGCAACAUGCAAAACAUGCAGGAGACGCUUAGGUAUAUUCACGAACGGUUGGCGUCUCUGGAAACACAGACCCAGGCACUUCCUGACAAGAUCACACCUGCGAUUCAUCGCCGCUUGGACACUCUCGAGACACAGGUCAAGAUUUUGCCGGAGCGUGUAGAUUCGUUGCUGCGCCAGCUUCAAAGCCGUUUGAUGGACCACCAGCCCCCUUCUUUGCAUGUGAUGUCUCUGGAUCCGCAGCGCCACCAUUCGUCGAUCCUCGCGCGCACCGAAGAGUCCCUAUCGGUGCUACACCGUACGCUGGAAACGAUCGAAACACAAAGCCGCAGUCUCCCCGACCGUGUUGCUUUGGCCGUGAAUGGCUCUGGCAAGUUUAGCAACUAUGCCAACCGUGGUUCGUAUGGACCAAAUAACGACGAAGUGAUGAACUUCGUCCAUGCGCGAUUGGAGAGCGUCGAAAAACAAGUUGGGUGUUUGCCAGAGCGGUUGCAGCGCUUCCUCGAAGACGAUAUUUUGCGACAGCUGCACGGCCACUUCCUGCCGCUGGAAUCGCAGAUCCAGCUGCUCCCGGAGCGUGUGCAUCACGCCUUGAAGGAAGUAGUGGCAUCUGACAUCGGCGAUGUACUGGACCAAGCGAUGACAUCGGUGCACGAUCGUCUCAGUGUUAUCGAGAAGCAGUCCGGGAGUGGCUUUGAUCGCCUUACGGGGCCGUUGGAGGAAAUGCUGCCGUCGCUUCGCAGCCAGAUCACGGACCUGCCUCACCAAUGGACCAAAUCGUCGACCAAGUUAGAAGCUGUUGUCCGCGACGCCACGCAAAGCCUGAAUCGUCACGUGAAGGAGCUCACCGCAGCAGCUGCAUUAAAGGAAGCAAAUCGAGACGCUGCACCGAACGCACAAGAAUUACUCGACUCGGCGUUGCAAACUCGCCUCAAACCCCUCGAGUCGCACUUGGAAGGCUUGCCAAAUGUGUUAAACGUUGCCCUGGAAGAUAACGUGUCGGUGGUGGCCAUGGUUGUGAACGACGCCCUUGCUGUCGUGCACCGCCGGCUGGAUCAACUCGAUGGUUUACCUGAGGCGCUUCGAUCGACGAUGGUAACUGCCGUGCCUGCGCCAGUUGCCCCGGCCACGAUAUCGGCACUCCCUCUCGACGUGUCGGGGCCGGCGAAACAAAAUCCCACGCCUGCUAAACAACCUCUCACGCCUAAACCGACGCCUGUGGUGCCUCAGCAAGAUAUCAAACCCAUAAUCUUGUCCGAACCGACGCUGUUGGCCCCUGUCAAUGUUGCUGCGACAACACCCACGGAAACAAUUGCCCCCGCCACGAGGAAUCCAAUCGCGGAACCACCGCAUGGCCCAUCGCCGCCGGGAAAUCCAAGAAAGACAGUACCCCAGGACCUCCCUGGAAGCACGAAAGGCUCCAACAAUUGCAAUAAUACCUCGGCUACGCCUACGCUUCGCCUGCGUCCUAUGCGAAAGGCUAGUAGUGCCUCAACGGCGUCAAUUUCUUCGACCAACUCAGUGCCGGAAGUUGUGGUGGUAAAGCCUGCGGCAACCCCCGCAUUUGUUCCCAGGAAGCGGCGUGUGGUCGCUUCUAAGCCGUCGCUUCGAUCGACCCAAGCCCCUGCUACUGCGGCUGUGACGCCAUAUUUCGCCUGGACAGACGGCAGUCUCCACCGCGCCCCCGAAGACUGGGUGUUCCCCAUCACAAACUGUCGUUCGUUGUGGGAACUGUGGUAUAUCGGUGAUACAGUUCAUGGCAUCGGGCCGUAUCGCACUCUCACCAAAGACGACAUCAAGCACCAUUACGUGUUGAAAACUCGUGGGAAGGCGGCCGCGGUCGUGCAAAAGGUGAUCGACACAGCUGUGGACCAUGGCAUCGUCUCUUCUGCCGAUCGGAUUCCGAAUAUGUCCAAGGACGAAUGCCUCGCCGUGUUUGAACAGGCCUUUGCUGUACUCAUGGGCUCUUCUUCCACUGGCAACAAGGACAACCAAGUGCUGCCCCACAACGCAUGCAACAACAUGUUCACCAAGGUGUACACGAUGCUCGUCAAUCAAAAGCGAAAGCGCUCCGACGACGACAAUGGCGAAGGUUAACUCCAAAUCCCAUUCUUUGACCGUGCCUUUGUUCGCGAA